ACGGCCGAAGGGUGACGCACACUCAAGUGGCAAAAGCCUUCUGCCUGCAAACUCGCUAUUUCAGCUUUAGGUUUCUGAUAUAGAUACUCUGCCAAAGCAGCAGAAAGGAUAGUUAGACUGCAUUGGAUCUUGUUUUGGUUAAAGAUCAGAGCGCACACGGACGUGUCUGGCCAAACCUCACCGCGGCGCGCAAGAACAAGAGGACUACUUCGGGACUGCGCAUAAUACCGUUUCAAGGGGCAUAUGAUUCAAGCAAAAUCCUCGCCUCACAACGUGAAAUGUGGUCAGUGUUAAACCAAGCCUGUCAUUCAAGAGGUACUUCCCUUAAACCGAGGCAGUUCUCUGGCAUUCCAGUCCAGUUGUGAGAGUGAGAUAGACCUUGGAGCGACCGUCUGAGAGGCAAGACAUUAUUGUCUGGACUAGGCAAGGUUAUUUAACCUCUGUCACAUUUUUGAGGCAGCAAAUUAUAAUUAACAUUUUCUUUUCAGCAGUUAAUACGCUGAUUUAUCCGACUGACUUUUCCGCGAGGCUACUCUUUGAAGAAAAACGUGUUUAUGGAUUGCUGGACAGCGAGGGGCACCGGGAGUUGUAGGCUACAUUUUUAUGCAACGACCAUGUUGAUACCUCGCUGUUUCGACCAACUUUGGUAGAUGUUUACAGAAGUAGUAAUUCAACAACACAGAAAAAGUGUAAGCCAGCGGUUUACAUACACAGAUUAAUCCCAGUUUGAUCUCUGAAGGGAGGAAGUGGGAAGCGCCUUUUCGCCCUGCCUCGUUUUUUUCUUGCAAGACGUAAGGACGGAUCUCUAUCUCUCAGUCUGACUCUCUCUGUGGUUUAAACAAAGACCAAAGUGUUUGGGGAUAGCAUGGCAAUGGUAGUAAACCAGUGGCAAGAGAACAUUUCUGCAGAUCCGGGGUCCCAGCUCCAGAUUUGCGGACAGGAGCCCGGCGGGACACCGGGGACGCCCAACGGUUCCACCCCGGGGAACGACGCACUUUCCGGGGACAAGAUCCCCAACGUGGACUGCAUGGUGUGUGGGGACAAGUCCAGUGGAAAGCAUUACGGUCAGUUCACCUGCGAGGGAUGCAAAAGCUUCUUUAAGCGCUCGGUGAGGCGGAACCUCAGUUACACCUGCCGGGGGAACCGAGACUGUCCCAUCGACCAGCACCACCGGAACCAGUGCCAGUACUGCCGGCUGAAGAAGUGCCUCAAAGUCGGCAUGAGAAGAGAAGCUGUCCAGCGAGGACGUAUGUCAAACUCCCAGAGCAGCCCGGGACAGUAUCUGACCAACGGCAGCGACCCGUACAACAGCCAGCCCUACCUGUCCGGCUUCAUUUCUCUGUUGCUGCGUGCCGAACCCUACCCCACGUCCCGCUACGGGGCCCAGUGCAUGCAGGGAAAUAACCUGAUGGGCAUUGAGAACAUCUGUGAGCUGGCGGCCAGGCUGCUGUUCAGCGCCGUCGAGUGGGCCAAGAACAUCCCCUUCUUCCCCGAUCUGCAGCUCAUGGAUCAGGUGGCGCUGCUGCGCAUGUCAUGGAGUGAGCUGUUUGUCCUGAACGCCGCCCAGUGCUCCAUGCCGCUCCACGUCGCCCCUCUGCUGGCAGCGGCCGGCCUGCACGCCUCGCCCAUGUCGGCGGAGCGCGUGGUGGCCUUCAUGGACCACAUCCGAGUCUUCCAGGAGCAGGUGGAGAAGCUGAAGGCCCUGCAGGUCGACACGGCAGAGUACUCCUGCCUCAAGUCCAUCGUGCUCUUCACAUCUGAUGCCAUGGGAUUGUCAGACGUGGCCCAUGUGGAGAGCAUCCAGGAGAAGUCCCAGUGCGCCCUGGAGGAGUACGUAAGGAACCAGUACCCAAGCCAGCCAAACCGCUUCGGACGCCUCCUCUUACGCCUGCCCUCACUGCGCAUCGUCUCCUCGCCUGUCAUCGAGCAGCUGUUUUUCGUGCGCCUGGUCGGCAAAACGCCCAUCGAGACGCUGCUUCGCGACAUGCUGCUGUCGGGCUCCAGCUACAACUGGCCCUACAUGCCCACCGUGCAGCGCGACCGACCCAUCUCCCUCCACUACAACGAGAACGGGCCCUGAGAUAAGAGAACAAGGAGAAGCUGCAGAAAUUCAGGCUGAACGUCCAUCUGACUACUCACCCAUCCAUCUUUCCUUCCCCUCAUCCUCUGUCUUCAACUUCUCAACUUUCCCAGAGGACGCAGCUCCCUCACCAUUCCGCUCAAAACCCAAACCAACGAUACUUCAACGUCCCAGUUAGACAAGCCAGCCAAUCAUUCACCUCCUCUCAAAGGGAUUGUGGCCAAUACAGACACUUGGUGGCCCAUUGCGGUCCUUCAGAUGGUGGUGCAGUCUAUGUGUAAGAUGUGGUGUGAGAUGGACUGGUUGGUGGAACAGGUUAUUGCACAGUUCACCAGCAGGUCUGUUGGACUCACUGAAGAUGCCAGUCUCAAAUCCCAAACAGGGGCAGCGGAUGACAAAACAUUUGCUUCAUUGUUGGUGCUAUACCUGCAUUUAUAGUGGUUGUGUCGUAGCACCCCAGUAUGGCGAACACUGAGCAAGGGCUUUGCCCAUAGCACUGUACAACCAACAGAACAAGGCCCACUGUUUAUUUACCAACUUUUGUUUUGAACAGAACCAGAAGCCAUUAAAAAAGACAAAUGCCAAAAUGUCUUGGACUUUUACAGAUGACAUGUUUAUUGUGUGUGUAUUAGCACUGUUUAUAUGGAGAGAAAACUCAUGAUUGUGUCCAUAUGUAUAUCAUUGAUUCAUAGGCAUCUAUAGCAUAUUAGGGUUCAAUGGGAAAAGCUCAGGUUCAAGGGUGGGGAGACAGACAGACAUGCCAAUAUCAGACAAAAAGACAAACCCAUCUCACCAAUGGGCAAAAUUUAUAAUUAUCAACAGCCUGUGCCAAAGCUGAAACAUGCAUAUUGUUUAGAGUAUUUUUGUGGUAGUGUUGGUGAUGAAAAAUUAACUUUUGGUUUGUCUAUAAUUUGACUUUUUACUUAUAUCUAGGUCUCAGGGGAGAGGGAGUUUGUAAAACAAAUUAAAAUAAGUACAAGCUUAGGCACUUGCAUUGUAAAACUAGUCAGAACCGACACUUAUUCACUCCUGCAAAAUCACAGCACUGGUAGGUUCCUGCUACCCUUCCGCCAUUCUAUCUACCUUUUUACUUACUCAAGUGGCUCGUUAUUAUUUCCACAUAAUUUUGUCUUUGACAAUAACACAACGUCCUCCCUUCAUUGGUUUCAGUCAUGAUUGUCAGUCCCUCACUUAUGACAAUGGGUAGAAGCUGUGGACGGGAUAUUGGAGAUUUUGGACCGGGGGGAGCAUUUUGUAAAUUUAGCUGUACUUGCCUUAGAAUAAAGAUUUUGUCACUGAGCAUUUAUCUUAUGACUGUGCCAUAAUCUCUCGUUACCUGUUAUAACAGGUAUUAUGUCCUCCUAAUGUCAUUUCAGGAGAGGAAAGGAGCUUGAUAUGUUCACAAAAAGGCUUACGAUGCAAAAAAGAGAAUUUUAAUGCAUCAAGAGCCAAGAUAAUAAAUAAUGGGCAAGAAGGCAGUGUUACUACUUACAUCAUCAGCAUUUUUAUGUCUUUGGCGCUGUGCAGGUUCCUUUCCUCUUUCUGAUGGCGUUGUCAUGUAGGGAAUGCCCCCUCAACUCACGUGUCAUUCAAGCUGACCGUACCGUAGAGAAAUGUAUCACUAACCUCCGAAAACCUCAGUUAAUGUUACAAUAUUAUCCUGGUUGGACUUUUGACUGUGACUUAGUUUAGUAUUAUAUUACGUGUUUUUUUUGUUUUGUUUUGUUUUGUUUUGUUUGCAGGAAGUAAGAUUGUUUUGACAACCUGUCUCCCAUUUCCAACAUGGCACUGUGGUAUGAACAUCAAGUAUUGGUAUUUGAAAAGCCAUCUGGGACCUUAGAAAGCUGUCUGUUGAUAAAUGACUUCACAGAAAAUUUCUAUAAGAGUUUGUUUUUUUUCCCCCCUCUAUUUUUGUUUGGAAAUAUGAAUCCAUUAAUUGAAAUAAAAUUCUGUUGUUCACA